CUUCAGCAACAGGAAAAAUGGCGUUGGUACGGAUGGUUUAAACUCGGGUACAUCUUUGACGACUUGAUUUUUACCUCCUAUGAUUUCGGAGGCGGGAUGAUCAUCAUCCCCGAUCAUCCCGACUUUUUACGAUUUAUUAUGACAAGCUCUCGGAAAAUCAGGUUGCCAAAUAUUCAACACGGCACUCGCGAUCUGGCUGGCUCGAUCGAAUGGUCUUUAAUUGCAUUGGGAUCUGGAAUUCACAGGGAUCGGGUCACGGAGUUUCUGGGUAUGGGGUUUUAUGGGUGUUACUCCCUUUUAAUACCAAGCUUGAGUGCACACAACUCAGCUUUCGCUUUUGCAUUUUAUACAUCUGGGUUUUGCAGUCUAUUUAUGCCAUACUGCUCCCAUUUCAUUUAUUUAUGCAUGUGCCUGGCGCAAGAUGGAGGACUCUCCACUUAAUCUCUUUUGGUCAGCUGUACAUUCAGUUUGAUGACUUUGACAUGUCUGCAUGUUCCUGGUGAACUACUCUCGGACAGGCUUCAGCAGUAUAUAACACCACAUAUACAUACAAGAAACGAAAGCAAGAAGCAUUGCCUUUGGCAUGAGAUAUCCCAAUUAU